CUUUCCCCUCCCUUGAACUACAUUUCCCACAAUUCCUGCGAGGCAGGAAGCUGUGUCAGUUUGAAUCUGCUGAGGAGGGAAAGGAAAGAGAGCUGAUCUGGAAGAGCGUUUGGGCAGAUUGUUGUAUACAGUCAAGCAGUAGAGGCCGGACUCUCAUCAAAAUGUCUCUUUUAGAGACAUCCAUCCUAUCCUCCAAGAGUGGAGCGAAGGAACGGAUGAAAGACAAAAGAAAUGGUGCUUUAAAAAUGGCAAAAGUCCAUGCAUCUCUUGCGUCAAAGAUCAAAACAAAGUCAAUAAAUAAUUCUUCCAUUUUUAAGGCAACUUUAAAACAGAACAACAAAGCCCUAGCCAUGGCUCUAAAUGCUUCAAAGGCAGCUGCUCAAAUACUUCUUAAUGAAAAGAUGCAACUGCAAAAAGAAGUAGAAGCGUGUAACUUUAAAAACGCUUGCCUGCGCCAGAAGAUCAUCUCUGCGACCAAACAUAUAGAAGAACUGCAGCAGUGUAUGCAAGCUGCUGCCAAGGUGCUGAGUAUUCCUCAGAUUGAUUCCUCUUUUUUACUCAACGAUGCAGAAGACCACGGCUCUAAUGAUGAUAUUUCAGGCAACCUGGAGGAUGACCACUGCUCUUCUCUAGCUGCCCCCAAACCCUUGAGAAUUUCACUCUCUUGUGUAGAUGACGAAGAAAGUGAAAAUGGGAGAGGCAUAGAAAUAACGAAAUCCAAACAUCUGCAGAUGCCUCUCUCAGACAACCUUUCCAGUUCUGCAAAAACUUCCCGGACCUGCUCACUGUCUGCCGUCAAUGACAGUACUCCUACAAGCAAGAUUACAAGAGCAUGCAGUGACAGUGUGGUAGCAUUAGAUGGACACGUUACAAUGAGAAAGAAAUGUACCACAGGUCUGUCUAAUACUGGCAGCAAAUCUCAGAUGGAACCACUGAAUGAUGUCCAACAUGAUGGUCCCCAGGGGGCAAAGAAAGCAGCAGCCUCUGCAGAAGGUCUUGAAAUUAGUCAAAUUGGGGAACUUGUGUCCCUGAAAAGCAAAAAGAAAAACUCUGAAAAGAUAAAAGCCAAAGAAGCCAAAGCUCUGAACAAAGUGAGCACAGAGACAAAGGACAAAGACUCCUCUGUUGAAAAAUCCAAAGUGGCCUUUGAUAAUUUUUACAAUAAUGAUGCUGCAGUUGUAGCUGAAAGCAACAAGUUGAGCAGUAGUAGCAAGAUCAAAAAAACUGAUCCUGGAGAGUCAAGUCAUCUAGAUUCCCUUGGAGAACCAAUACCAGUGGCCAGCUUCAGCCAGAAGGAGGUCUGUCAUUUGAAAAACACUGAUAAAACCACAGCUUGUAAGACAUCUGUGGGGGAUCGGAUCCAUUUAAAAUCUGCGCAAACUUUCUCUGAAAAAAUGAAAAAUUUAGAAAGUAAGUUUCAGAAUUCAGAGACAAUCCCAAGCAACAAAACACAACAAAAUGAGAAGAGCGAUGUCAGUGAGGUGAGCCACCCUUCCCAGUGCUCUACUAAAACCAGAGAUUGCAGAAAGACCGAUAGGGCAGUUCCUAAUUUAGAUAAUGAGAACAAUUGUGCCCGCUCUGCACAUAAAAUUAAAGAACCUUUGCAGGAUGAAAAGGAGCUAGGCUGCUUGUUUCCAAGUCUAGAGUCUAGCUCACUCAGUCGAAAGACACAGCUUCAUGGUUCAGAUACACAACAUCGGGCUGAUUUCCAAAAGAAGAUUGCUAGCCAAGAAGUAGCAGCUCUAGGUCUGAAUGUGAAGCGUCUGAAACCAAAGAGUAAGACACAAGAGAUUGGAAGAAGACACAUUCUCAGUGAAACAGAGGCACAAAUGUUAGAUGUUGGCAUGCUGCUGCUUCAUGAUCAGCAAAAAGAAAGUAAAUCCCAAAAAGGCCACAAAAACACAGAGAUCAAGUGUAGUACACCAGAAGAGCAUUUCAAAACCAAGACUGAUGAGUUUAGUCUCAGUCAAAAACCUCCAAAAGUUAUUAAGAGGAGAACUAAGGGUGCGAGAUCCAGUUCUAAAACCUGGAAUCAAACAGAUAUGCCUAUAGUUCUUUCUCUUGAGACCACACUAGCUGCAUCUCCAGUUUCUUUGGAGAAUGAAAAUGUGCCUCUUGACAAUGCCUCUAGACGCCCCACUACGACUGUCCAAAAGAUUGAGGAAUCUGCAGUUGCCCAGAGCAAUUCUGUCACCAAAACAAAUAGCAGUUCUUUACAGAAGACAUGCUUGGGCACCAACAGUCAUUUGGUUGACGUAACGAAAAAGGUGGACCCCACACCAAAAUUAAGCAAAAGAACAACAUACACAGUAAAUGAUGUGGCAGAGUUGAGACCUGCUCCUGACUUGUUCCUUCCAAGUCCAGAGAGUCCGAGUCAAGCAGAUUAUGUCCCAAGUUCCAGAGCUGAGGCUCCACCGGUCUUUAAUUCCUUGACCAAAGACUCAACCCUUCCGGAUUCUUCUGCAGAGGGCACAUCCAAGGCCGUGGUCCUUGAUCUCUGUACCUCUAAGAGAAAAUAUUCCACUUUGCCAGUCUUGAAAAAAAAUAUUAAGCAGGUGUCUUCUGGCAGGUUUGAGAAAAGGAAAAUCGAGGCCACUCUUGAGACACCCUUACAAAACACUGCUCUAUCAGAAAAUGAAGCAGUACUUAAAGAUUCGACCAAUGUCGACUCAGGCGCCUGUUCUUACCCUUUGGAUGUCUCUCUGCGCCGGCCAAAAAGGCAGAGAAAUAAUGAAGUUUCCUAUGCAGAGCCCAAGAUCAACAGCAAACUUAGACGCGGCGAUCCACAUACUGUUACAGACUUCCUCCGCUCUCCUAUCUAUAAAGAGAAAAGUAAAAAAUCCACUAAAAAGUCUCGAAGAUCCAAGAAAGUUAAAGUUAAAGUGGAAGAAACUGAGCUGAGUUCUGAAGUUUAGAAUCAGUAGGUUGCUUACAUUUGUUAUUUGUAUACUUAGGGAUUGUUUGGACAUUAUUUAUUUGUAGAGGUGUUUUUUUUAUAAACGCAUUUUUAAAAUAAAAUUUUCCAUAAAA